CGCAGUUUUGGUUUGUCGUCAACGGACACAAGAGCACAACACAAACAACGGCGUGUUGGAAGAACGCAGGCUGACUGAGCUGAGCAGAGACUGGCACACCAACCAUGUCGAAACGACCAACAACGGGGAUGCGCGUGGGCACGUCGUAUGGGCGAGCGGGCACGGCGCGCCUGAAGACUGGGAUGCGCACAGGGACAGCACGCCUCGGCACCGGGCGCAUGGGAACGGCACGCAUGGGCACAGGCCGCCUCGGCACGGCGGCGAUGGGUGGGGGCAUCGGCGGCGCGCUCAACACGCAAGUCACUGUCGGCGAGCGGCCCAUGACCCAGCAUGGCCUCGGCGGGACUCGGCCAAAGACACAAGGCCCUGGCCGCAUGGUGAUGGACGAGUCUUACUUCCUUGGCGCUCUCAGGGCCAAAUCGACGGAGUUGACGGAGGAGAUCAACAAGCUGCAGAAGGAGCUUGAGCAGCUGCAGCGGGACCACACGAGUUAUACCACAUACGAGAAGAAGGCCGAGGCGCUCGCCAAGGAGAUACAGGCGCUCUCCGGCCAGCUCGCAGACCUCAACGCCCUCGCCAACAACCUCAACGACAACGUCGAUAUUGACGACGUUCGUGCUGAUGUGGAUGAGAUCCGUGCGCGAAACGACCGCGAUGCAGCGGAGGUCGACAACAUCUUCUCAGACAGAAACAGAGUUGAAUCCCGCAUCAAGGAGAUUGAGGCGGAGAUUGAGUCUGAAAAGCGCCGCACCGAAAACAUCGUCACAGAGAUGGAGCCGGACCAGCGACGCGAGUACGAUGCAUUGCACGAGGAAGCGGAAACGCUACAAAAGACGAUUGAGACGCAGCAGUCGUCGCUGGACGAGUUGACGGCAGCGGCGGAUGCACUGCAGCGCGAACUCGAGGCAAACCCGGUCAAGCGCGAAGCAGCCGCGUUGCUUGACCAGAUUGCGGCGCUUCGGAGCAAGCACGCCAAGGUGAAGGAGCAAACGGAGAAGGAGGCGCUCCUGUCGCCAGAGAAGCUGAAGGAGCAGCUGCUGGCGCAGGUCAAGGCCGACAACCAGGAGAUCAGCGGCAUGGAGCGCAAGAUUGCGAAUGUGCAGCAGCGGAUCAACGAGAUCAGCUCGGACGUGGCCGAUCUCGACGCCGCCGAGGACGAGGAGGACGAUGAGAAGCGGCAGAAGUAUCUGCAGCUCGUCAAACACGAGCAGGAGAUGGACACGUUCCUGCUGUCCUUCGACUCAACCUACGAUGAGCCGAAGCCGGGCCCGUUCUGA